AGGGGUCACAAGAACUUUAUAUCUAUAUGUUUGGAGGAGCUCUAAUACAACGAGUAUUGCAGUCUUCUAGUGCACCAACAGGAACGGGGCUUGCGUCAACGACCUCUUCAUGGUGGAACGUGCAUGGUGGUGUCCGUGCACCACCGAACUCUGUGGUAAAGGACUCUCUCAUUUCACCUGGGAAGCCACCUGCCUUGGGAACAUCAAGUAGGGUAAACGAUGCUCAUGCUGGGAAUUCCAACAACAAUAGCAAUACCAAGAUGGCUGUAAGCAACAAUUAAGGCUGUAGCUAAUGCAUCUUUACCUGCAUCCUUGAAGCGUAGAUAUGGGGGAGUAGCCCAGUGCGAUACUCUGGCAUACUUUUCAAGGAUGCAGCUGGAAGAUGAAUUACGGAGAGCGUUAAAACAAGCCGAUAGGAGGACCAGGAGGAACAAAUAAGCAGAACGUUUUAGACGAUUUCGAGUAUGACCAGACUGCUGCUGAGCGGCAACGUCGAGCCACAACAUCCUUUGAGUGCAGAGACGCCGUUUUUGUAGAUGGGGCAUUGAGUGCAGAGACGCCGUUUUUGUAGAGAAUUCUACAACAUUCUUUGAGCGCAGAAACGCCUUCCUUGUAGAUGGGGGUUCUUGCAAGGAGCGUUCUUGACCUGCAGGUGAGCUGCAGCAUCAUCCUCGAUUGUGUGUAAGUCCAGAUCACAACAUCAAGCGGUUGCAAGAUCAUCUAGUACAACGGAUUGAGCGAAGGAGAUACGCGCAAACGAGCAGAACUAGUCGUCCGAUAGCGAUGUGAGCGUUACAUGCUAGCGCGAGAGAGUAGACCCAUGAACAUGAACAUGGCGACUUAAUUUCGCUGGUCUUGCACUCUUAGUACCGCUUCGUGU